GGACUAAUUACUUUGUAAAAUCAAUUAUUUGUUAAGAGUUUAUUGAUUAAAAUUAUCUAAAAGGGUGCUCAUCUUGAAAGUUAGUUGAAUACAAAAUAAAUGAUAUGAAUUAGAAUUAAGAAAAUGAGCUAAAAGUUCAAGAAACUAGGUGUGAUGCCCUUCCUCAAAGAAAAAAGGAAAAAAAAAACUAGGUGUGGAAGGUAGGAGAGUAACGUACGCUGACUGAGUUAUUCGAUUCUAGAUGGUUCGGGGAGUGAGUAGAAUCUGUAGAUUGUCUAUAUAACAUUGAAUGCUUAGGCAACUACUUACGUCAUUAAAAUUUGCUAUAGACUCGUUUGGGCUGGGCUCUUUUAAGCGAAUUGUAAUUUACUUGAACAGAAAACUAAAUUUUGUGUCACAACCCAAUAGUAUUUUGUCUCCUAUACUUUUACCAUAAAUAAUAUUUAGUACUCGAUAAUUGACAACCCAAAUACUGUUUUUAUUGCGCAUAAGAAUCUUCUUUUUGUCAUCUGCGCAUAAGAAUCUAUAUGCUUUUUUAAGAUGAGUUUUUGUUUUAUUUAGUGUGUUUCCACUAAAUUAAAUUCACACCCUUUUCAGGUUAUGCUAUCACUCAAAUACAUAUAUGCACGUUAAUACAAUCAUAGUCAUAUUUAUAUCGUUAUCUAAUAUCUUAUGCAACAGAAAAGAAAUAUUAGUUCAAAAAACAGAAGAAAAUAAUACACCAAUCAUAGUUAAGAAGAAAAAAAUCUUACAAAUCUGGUUCUCAGAUUGUUAAGGCACCUCAUGGGAAGGAUUCCGGUGCUCUGACAGGCCCAGUUCAAAAAGCAGAUGGGCCAUGUACCGUAUUUAAAAAAAUAAUUAAUAACUGAAUUUCAGAGUUAAACCCUUAAUAUGUAAAAGCUAAAAAAUUUGGGACCCUAAAGAGUAUUUAAAAUUUUGAUUAAAAAUGUAGGACUGAGCAUUUGCACUCUGUGCACUCACUUAGAGUCGGUACUGGGAACUGGUGUAUUCAAAGCACUUGCGCUUGGAGCCUUGGGCAUAUUUGUAAGUGCCUUAGAUUUCUUGCACGACAAGAAAUAUUUGAUCUACUUGUGAUACAAGAAACUCAUUAUUCAUUCUCGCCAUUUCUUGACUUUUUAAAUUGGGAAACAUAUAGGACGACGUCCGAUGGUGUUCUCGUUGGCAGCAGGAGAGGCUGGAGUGAGGAAAAGUGCUUCGGAUGAUGAGAGAAGAGUUCGAACUGAUCACAAUGGCAUUUAAGUGGGUGCAUGCACUUUUUUAAAAGAGAUCGCAGGUAACCACAUAGUCACCGAUUGUGAUGCUCAUCAGGCACGUUUAGUCUCAAAACUGUAGAUACCAAAAUCGAAAACAUUGUAUUCUUCUGUAUCUAUCCUUUGAUUUGGUGUAUUUUAAAUGGCUACCUCUAGUCCACUCUUUUGCAUUUUAUUUUCUCUCUAAUAUAUCUUUUUAUGUGUGUUUACGCAAUUUUUACUCUUGAUUACAAAAAAAAACUCUGGGACCGAAAAACUAUCUCAUCUUAUUUUAUUUUUCUUGGUUUAAAUGUUAAAUCUCAUCAUUUGUAAACUGUAAGUUUGUAACCCUUAUUUUAUGCGUUUUAUUUUGUAGCAAAUAUUUUCUAUUUUGUGCGAUUUAUUCUGUAGCAAAUAUUUUAGUUUGGAAAAGACAAACUCAUUGUUUUGGAUCUGAUUGUAAUUAAUCGUUAUAAAUUAAAAUCCGCCUGAACGGUGUCGAAAUAGUAGUACUUAAGUAAAAGUUUAAAACUACUAGAUUUUUUAAUACUUUUUCUAAAAGACGAUCAAAACAAACAGAAAAAUGCAGGCGAGUCAAGAUUUUUAGUCAAGAUCUCACUCUGUCUUUUAUUGCCAAACUUGACUUUGGCUUUGUAUGUUCAUGUGUUGCUGAAUAUUCUGAAUAUGAUGAUAUCAAACAUUCAAACACUGAAUUUUUAACAUCCUAAUGAAAUAACGAAUAACUGAUUCAUUAAUGUCCUUCGACUGAUCCCACAUAUGUUCAUACAAUGAUUUUUUAAUUGGAAAGAAAAUUGACAAAAUGAUAUAUAAAUAUAUAAUAAUAUUUUUCAAUUAAGCGUAAAUUGGUAAUUAUUUUGCAAUUUGUGGAAAUAAUUUGCGGAAAGAAUAUGAGUCAGACAAAAAAUGGGCAGUUGGAGGAGCUGGCCGCCUGACCGGGUCCCUCUUGAAGUUUGGAACUCUCCAUGAAACAUCGUAUGUAACUAUCCUUGACUUCUUACAUCAUUGUGGAAUUUUUAAUCUCUUUUACAAAUUAAAAUAAGAAAAUGAUGAUGUCUAAAAGUAUGGUUAAGCUAUAUCAAGUUAUGAAUUCAUAAACUCAAGAUGCGUAUUAUUAAAAUUACCUCAUAAUAAUAGUUAACUUGAAUAAUUUCGAUCCAUUGAAUUAUACGCAAACAUUACCUCAUAUGUUGUGUUUUAUGUACUGUUUUCUCUUGUUCCUAAAUGUGAAACACUAAUAUUUAUAAAAAGAAAAGUCUAAUUAUUUGAGACACAUUCUCUAUCACUCGCAAAAAGGUCUUACGUCAUUACGUCAAUAUAUUUUUUUUUUUUUGGACAACACGUCAAUAUUUUCUAGAUACAUAAAUAACCAAAGAAGAUUUUAUUUUGGUACAUCAAAAUAGUUUUUGGGACGUGUAAAUUCUACACACGUGCAAAUACUUUCUAAAUUUUCUGUAAAAUUUCCAGUCUGCAUUUCGCAUGAUGUGGAUAGGAUUUCAUCAAAGAAGGUGUGCUUUGACCCGAUAAAAAAUGUAGUGUUUUUGGUACAUUUAAUAUUUAUAGAUAGUUGAGUCGACAAAAAGAAGAAGAGGAUGGUUAAUUAGUUAUAUAGUGAUAUGAAAAUUUAAUGUUUGGUCCGUUAAGGCUGCUGGACUGUGUUAACGGUCAACAUGUCUCAACCAUCAAAGAGUUCAUAUAUAUGUAUAUUUGGAAGCCAAGUGAUUAUGAUUGAUCGCAUCAAGGGUAGAAAUUAGAAUGAAUGUAUGACAAUUUUUAGUUUUUUUGCUGAUAAUAUAUCAUUAAUUAUUAUGUUUUAAAUCAUUUGAGGCUUACAUGCCAUCAUCACAUUUUCUACAAUUCUAAUCACUGAACUAAAAAAUUCAUUUAAAGAUUCAAUACUUUGUUUUUUAAAAGGACAAGUGUAACUAAUUCAAAAUUUUGAUUUUUUGGUCAUUUAUGUUAUAUGCAUCUAGUUUAAUAGGAGAUAAAAGAACACUAUGCAUGUAAAAAUUAUUGUUAUUGUUUACUUUUUCAUAAUCAUGGUUAGCGUUCUUUUUUCAAGGGGGAUAGUUAUUUCGUAAUUAGUAUUGUUGUUAAAAUCUACCGGGGAGAAUCGUAGUAGUCAUUUCAUUGAUGAAGUUUAAGAAAAUCAUGUCAUUAACAAACAAUCAGGAAUAAAAAUCUAUAUAGGUACAAAAUCUUUCAAUCAUCACAUCAAGGUAGGCACUGCUUAGUCAAGAAAAGGUAAGCAUUUCUAGAACGAACCAUCUAUAUUAUUAAAACUGAAGUACACUUUAGUAAUGUUUGGAAACAUGAAUAGUACUAUAACUGAAAAUUGUUUGGAAACGAAGAUAGCAGUACUACAUUAAUUGUAUUUCCAUAUUUCACUCAUAUUAAUUAUAUUGUCUUAACAAUAUUUUACAUCAUUAAUUAUAUUACCAUAAUAAUAAUAGUGUGGAUUUUAUUUAGUAGUUAAUCAAUAUUAGUUUUGUGUCAAUUAUAAAAUCAAAAAAGUAAAAUAACUGAGUUUUGCAUAAGGUUAAGCGUUUGUUUUAAUUUGUUUUACUAUAACAUUUUUUUUUCAAUCAGUGGAAAAUUACGUAGCCAAAAACAUAAUUCAAAAACAUGUUUAGUGAAUAAAAUCAUAACUUAAAUCAAAAUAAUAAAAAUGAAUUACAUUCAUUGUCACUUAAUUUUUCACUCAAUAUAAUUGCUUACUAAAUAAAAAAAUCUCUUUCAGUUUCACUUAAUUUAGCAAAACACAUAAAAAAUAUCAUUUAUAUUAGUUUAUAAAAUCAGUUAGGCAUGAACACUAAAUAUCCACUUAGGUACGAGUCGUUCCUUUCGGGUAUCGUUUUAUUUUGUUUUAAAAUUACUCACUCCUUGAAUAUUAUAAAUUUAUGUGUAGGUUUUGAGUUGAAUUUUUUUGAGUCUGGAUGAGUUUGGUUCUGAUGUAUAUGACCCUAAAAUAUCUAAAUAACCAAUGUAUUUGAAACGAGUUUGGAUAUUUGUACCAAAAAUAACCAUAUUAUCUGAUUCGAUCCGGAUCUUUUGAAUACAAUUAGUUAUAUCACGACAUAUCUAAAAUAUAAAACACUAAUUAUGAAAAACAAAUAUUAAUGUAUAAAAAUAUAAGUAUAGUUUUAUUUUAGUAAUUUCAUUAAUUAUAUUACUUUAACAAUAUAUCACAUCAUUAAUUAUAUUUACCGUAAAAGUAAUAAUGUAGAUUUUUAUUUAUUAGUUAAUCAAUAUUAACUUUGUGCAAUUAUAAAAAAAAUAAAAAUGUAAGAUAACCGAGUUUUGCAUAUGGUUAAUAGUUUGGUUUAAUAUGUUUUACUAAAACUUUCUUUUGUCUUAGUUCCAAUUGGUGAAAAAUUACAUAGCAAAACACAUAAUUCAAAGGCAUAGUUUAUAUGAACAAGAUAAUAAUUUAAAUCAAAAUAAUUAAAAAGUAUUACAUUUAUUAUCACUUAAUGUUUCACUUCAUAUAACUAUUUUAUUAAAUAAAAAAUUCUUUCUAUUUUUCUUAUUUUUGCCAAAUAUAUAGAAAGAGUUUUCUUUUUAAUCUAUUUGCAAAAUCAGUUAAGUAUGGACAUUCGGAUACUCAUUGAGGUACAAGUUGUUUCUUUCGGGAUUAAUUUUUUUGGAUUUUUAAAUUAGGCGCCACUUGGAUAUUAUAAAUUUAUGUAUGAUGCUUGAGUUGGAUCCUCUCGGGUCUGAAUGAUUUUGAUUUUGAUGUGUAGAAAUAUAAAAAUAUUUAAUUAACCAAUGUAUCUGAAAAGAGUGUAUAUUUGUACCAAAAAUAAUCUUAUUACCCGAUUCAAUCCAAAUAUUUUGAAUACAAUUAGUUAUACGACGACACAUCUUAAAUAUAUAACACUAAUGAUAAAAUAACAAAUAAUUUAUAAAACCGUAAAAAUUAACACGCGCACGGGCGUGCGGGUCAAUCUCUAGUAUAUAGUUAAACAUCGUUCGACCCAAUAAAACAAUUUGGAAAUUCAACGACCACAACUAAAUAACGAUAAAACUCUGGUCGUCGAAAAAUAAAAUUCUAGGUCAUCAUCUAUUAUUUCAUAUAGGACAAUAUAAUAAGUUUAUUUUAAAAAUAAUAUAAAAUUUGACUUAAUAAACUGACCCACUUCAGUGCCCCCACGACAAUAUAUCAUAUGAUUAUGAACUUAUGAUUCGUGUUUCUCUAUAUAUACACACUCAAGUAGGCAUAUAAAACUACAAACAUCUGGGAGAGCUCUAAAACUGCCUACCAAGAUCAUUCACCAUCAACAACACCAAAACUCUUACAUUUUCUUUGUUUUUUCCCUUUAGAUUGAUUUCUUUAAUAAUGUCUGAAAGAGGGAAAGUGAAACCGGAGCCAAUGAAAGUUGUGUUCAUUAACACACAAUACGUUGAAACAGAUACACGUAGCUUCAAGACUGUUGUUCAAGAACUCACCGGUAAGGAUGCCAUCGUAGCCCCCGGUCCUUUCGAGUCUCCAUCCACUUCCGACGUCCGUUGUUACGGUGGAGGUAGUAAAAUAGUCGAAGAUUCCAGACGGAGCAAUGGCGGUGGAGGAGAAGUGGGGACGACGACUGAGUUUGAUAGAUUUUUCAAGGAGAUGCCUCCAAUGGAGGAGUUGUAUAAACUAUGGUCAGAUAAUUGAGUCAUUGAACUCUACUAAGAUAAUGUCGAUUUAAUCUUCGUUUUGUUCUCAAAUAAAAAAUAUUGCUUUCAUCCACUUCGUAUAUGAAUUGCAUUAAGUGGAUCGUUACACCCUGAGAUUGCGAAGAUUAUAUUUUUGGAAAGUGUAAUAUAUAUGAAUUGCAUUAUAGUA